UUACUGGGUUUUUUAACACUGGUUAGUUCGAGUUUUUGUUUAUUCGAUAUAUACAUCAUGCGUUCGGUCCUUAAACAAAUAAACUAAUGUAAUGUGAAGUUUGUAAUUAUUGCCAAUCCACACCCCGUCCAUUCGAUGUUGGAUGUUCCCACGGCAAAAUAACAAAACAAAACCACAGCUCAAUAGAAAUCCAAGAGCUGAGAAUCUCAGACCAUAUAUCACGGAUUUAUACGGUUCAUUAUAAAAAACCCACUCCACAUACGCGAUAGUAUAUAUUUGUAUAUACUUAUAUACUUGGCUUAAGCAAAUGCUAUAUUUGCACAAAACCUUGUGAUAUUAAGGUCAAGAUUUGAGGAGAAAAGUAUACUGAAUUUCAGAUGGCUUCCAAUUCGACGAAGAAAAGCAAAUCCUCUGGUAUGCGCAUAUUGUGGAUACCAGGUCGAAAGUCCCAUCCAAAGGGUCGAUUUAGUGCUACGAAUAAGCAGAUUUCUUAUACAGGACCACAAAAAAAGAGCGAAGUGUGGUCUUUGGGAGGCAGCAAGGCACAGUCCGAGCUGAUUGACUUUCCCUCUCCCGAUCUAUCCGGCAAUCCGCCAUCACCGUCCCUCAGCAUUGUGGCCACAUGUUCGAUGGUUCAAGGUGCUUCAACCAGUGACAGAACAUCCUCUGAUGAUCUGGCCAUCGUUUCAGACACUGCCACUUUACCAGCCACACCCGUGAGCACCAACUCACCAAUCCUGAAUAGUCCACUUUCUGAUACUGGAUCAGCAUCCACACGAGUUAUGACUUCACCCAAUGUUAUUACCACCGUAGUAAUACAGGACUUGCACAAUUUUGUGAGCCCUGAGGAGUUGCCCAAAGUACCAGCUUUGACAGCACAGGAUACCGAGGUGGUGCUAAAUAGUUCUUCGGGAACUACUGCUUCUAUUGCAACGACAUCCUCGUCAAUGGUCAAUCAUAAGCCGGGAUCAUCGCCCCCGGCUUCACAUUCCCAGCAAACAACGCCACAAAAGAGUAGAUAUAAGAAUCACAACAAUAAUCAGGAGGAUAUCAAUUCGAUCGAAAGCAUUUCCAGUUUUCCGAGGUUUCAGAAAAACACCACCGACUUCGAUUGGAUCGAUGAUAUGGUGCAACAGAGAAAUUGCAGUGAAAUGAUGCAUAAAAAUAAACGAAAGAAGUCUAAGAAAGUCGAUAGUCUGGAAGCCGAUCAAUUGGAUGGGAAAAUCUUUGGCUACGACAAUGACAAGGCUAAAUUGAAUGGCAAAGAUGAUGAUAAUGAUGAAAAGGUCGUCAAGUGCUUGUACUACUCUUUAAUGUGCUGCGACUGUACUAUAUCUUGAAUGGAUCGUAAGCCUACAAACGAAUCCACGUCCAUGUAAAAUACCUCUCAGCCACCUAUGUAAAAACAAAUAUAUAUAUAUAUAUAUCUUCGAUUUUUGUAUACUUUAGAAUACGCCGCAACAUAUAAGACAGAAGAAGUAAACAGAAGUAUUAACGAAUUUAUAAUAAUUUACAUACAUGGAACUAACAUUAUGAACAUUCGAAUAAAUGUCAAAAUCCAAAUCCAAGCUACAAUAAUAUUUUGUAACGUUGUCUCGAUUUAAAAUUGAAUGAGUGAUCGAAGUGUAUAUUGAAUAUGUACAUAGAUAUUUUCUAUUUUUGUAAAUAAAAUAUUUUCUACCGGAACUUUAUAUUAAACUGGAAAAUAAAGACAUUCUUUGAGGUCGA